AAUUUUAAAGUUUGCAGGACAACCUCGAUAUUUAAAAAAUAACUAGAUGUCUGAGUGCUCAUAAACGUCUCCGAUGGGCUGCUGUGUCUGUAGAUAGUAGAUUUUAGUUCUAUUUCCGCCUGUUUAAAUUGACUGCAUUGUACUAUACUAAAGUAUAUCAUCCCAAAACUAUCAUCGUAACUUGGGAAUGCACCUGCGUGUCCUAACCACGCCGUUUCCCGCCCCUUAUUUUAAUAUAUGCCGUUAAUUAACACUGUCCACCCAGAAUAAGACGCUACGUGAGGGACGUGACCUUUUUUUGUGUUGGAUUUAUACCCAUCGGUUAAAUCGGCUGUGUCUCUAUGGCCGGACAGUGAUUAAAUAUCGGUGAAAGAUCACCUUAUUAUUUAGACAAGAAAAUAAAAUUCCGACACAUAUCAUUGCACGGUUUCUUUUAUUUCUAUACCAGUUGAUCCUAGGCGUUUCCAGUAUAUAUACGCAAAAAAACGAGGAAGCUGACGUUAUUAACGUAUGUUUCUCCGUAUGUGAGCGGGGUUCCGGCUUCAGACAGCUCGUCCCUCGGAGGCUUGUCGCCCAUCUGCGCUACGGAGCCGGAGAAGCAGGCAGGCGCAUUCCGCUGGUGGAGAUGUCGAGACCCAGCUCGGAUCUGGCAGAGUUUCGCAAGGUUUUCGCCAAAGCAAAACACAUCGCCAUCAUCACGGGGGCCGGUGUGAGCGCUGAAAGCGGUGUGCCCACCUUCAGGGGAGCCGGGGGUUACUGGAGGAAAUGGCAGGCCCAGGACCUGGCCACGCCCGAGGCCUUCUCACGGAACCCAUCACGUGUCUGGGAGUUCUACCACUACCGGCGCGAGGUGAUGCUGAGCAAGAGCCCCAACGCGGCGCACAGCGCCAUCUCCGAGUGCGAGGCGCGGCUCAGCCGGCAAGGCCGCUCCGUGGUGGUCAUCACCCAAAACAUCGACGAGCUGCACCGGCGUGCCGGCUCGCGGCACGUGCUGGAGAUUCACGGAAGUCUCUUCAAAACACGGUGUGUCAACUGUGGGCAUGUGGCGGAGAACUACAAAAGCCCGAUAUGUGCUGCCCUACAUGGGAAGGGGGCUCCUGAUCCAAAUACAAGGGAUGCCAAGAUUGCCGUGGAGGACCUCCCCAGGUGUGAGGAGGACAGCUGCAAGGGUCUUCUUCGGCCCCAUGUUGUCUGGUUUGGGGAGACCCUAGACCCUGAUAUCCUGACCCAGGUGGAGAAGGAGCUGGAGAUCUGUGAUCUCUGUCUUGUGGUGGGGACCUCCUCUGUGGUGUACCCGGCAGCCAUGUUCGCUCCCCAGGUGGCCGCCAGAGGGGUCCCGGUCGCAGAGUUCAACAUGGAAACUACGCCUGCCACCAUGCGCUUUGCGUUCCACUUCCAGGGCCCCUGUGGGACCACGCUCCCCCCCGCCCUGGAGCGCCAUGAAACGGAAGUCAUCUGAGGAGAGAGGGGAAGCUGGCACCCCCCCAGAACAAACUCGCACUUUGGGAAGACUACAGUGCCUAUUGAUGUCAUCUUCCGUGAUGCAAUACGUUAUUUAACAAAUAUUAACAAUGUGUCCAGAAUCUGCAUUAUCACACGUUUAUAAAUUUGUGUUAGUUUUUAGGGAUGGGAGGGUUGUGUUAAAUGUAACCUCAAAGUCUGUCCCUUUGAAUACUUUAUUGCUGGGUUUGCCUGACGCAAAGUCAACUGGUGGGGGGUGGGGGGCGACUCAGGUGACAAAUACUAUGGCCCUUAGAUGCAGGUUUAUGAAUUGUUUGUAUUUUCCAAAUCACCAUCAGUAAAUUAAUGUUUACUUACCUUAGCUGUAAUCAAGUUCAAGCCAUAGAAGUCAUCAAGCAAAGAAUCGUAGUACUUUCACAGCUGGAAAAUGUUAUAGGAAGUUGCGGGAUGAACCCCCGCUUACCCCCGGAAGUGCAGGGAUAAUGGACUUUGCGAUAAAUUGCUGUUGUGUUGGUGCUUUGAAUGCGGCAGCUUGAGUUGGACCGCUCCCCAAACUGCGGGAGGCGUCCUGCUGCCGGAGUGGGUGUGCCGCGUACUGUCUGUGCGAUGCUUUUAAAACUCACCCCUUAUUGGGUAAGGGUUGCUGAAUAUGCCUAACGCCAGUGUGCAAUCAUGGGAAUAUGCAAUAUUAAUACGUUAUAAACAUCA